AUGGAAGGCGAUCAGCCCCCUCUGACUGCAGAGCUGACAACCCCCUUCCUGAAGAAGGCUCACACCCCGCCUCUCCAUGAGGAUGCCAACACCGUGGUCAUCGCAGUUGUCAUCACCCUGGUGUUCCUCACCCUGCUGACGGUGCUGGUGGUGAUCAUCGUCUACCUGUACAGAAACAAAGGCAGCUACCUCACCUACGAGCAGCCGGCGGCAGAGACCGACGUGUCGGUGCAGAUGGAGGAUGCUCCCUCCAAAGAGAAAGAAGAGUAUUUUAUCUAA